UUCGCCAGCUUACUGUGUUUUGUAAUUGAUUGUGAACGAUUUUAUUUUAUUUGUUUUUAUCAUUCAAUUAGUUAUUCUCGCUAAUACUUUGUGUGUAUACCAUUACGGUCGUUUUUAAAUAAAUAAGAAAAGAAAUUGAAUUAAAAUUAGAUUGCAGAAUGGAUGCAGCAAUCGAUGUAAAAACGCUUGAAGAAGCGGUCAGCGUGUUUUAUCGAUCGGGUGCACAACAACAAUCAGCUGCACACGAUUGGCUUACAAAGGCUCAAUUGAGCCCACAAGCAUGGUCAUUUGUAUGGGAAUUAAUGCAAUUAGGCAAGUCAUCGGAAAUUCAAUUUUUUGGUGCCACAACGCUGCAUACAAAAUUGCUGAAGCAUUGGCAUGAGGUGCCAAAAGAAAACCGAGAAGAGCUUCGACAAAAAUUAUUUGCAACCAUUAUUUUAUACGCAAAUGGUCCGAAAAUUGUUCUGAAUCGUCUAUGUAUCGCGUUAAGUGCAUUCAUCGUUCACAUGAUAUCCGAGCAUCCAACGAUGAUUGAAGAUAUUGUGAAUACAUUUCAAAAUGAACGAAUGCCAAAUGUAUGCAUCGAAACACAGGCAUGGAUUUUAAUGGACAUUUUACAAGCAAUCCCCGAAGAGAUAAGUUCUAUGUAUACAUCAGUUCAAAGGGUAGCCAUACAAAAUGAAAUUUGCAAGCGAAUACCGUUUGUUAUAAAUACCGUGCAAGAGUUUAUUGUUGCACACAUUGCGCGCAAUGAAAAUGAAUACAAAGAAGAUGAUUUACCAACAUUACUUCGAGCAGUUAAAUGCAUAGAGGCAUGGUUAAAAAAUGGAAGUUUUCCCCUGGAUAAUUGUGAAGAUAUAACGCAAACAAUGCUUAACUUGAUCAACUUGUGCUAUUGGAAUACAAACGAUGCAGCGGAUUGUAUGACAGCCGAUGAAAACGAAUUAUCGGAAGCAUGUAUUAAAACACUAACGACCAUGCUCAUUCAACCGGAUGCACAUCGAUUUCCGAACGCGGCGUUAAAUUUGCUCAACAUGAUAGUGGAGAGUUUGUCAAGAAUUACCAAAGAUGAAUGGAAAGAGAAUAACUUGAAUGAGGAUAUUGCAUUCAAUAUUUACACUUUAUUCAUAUCAUCGAUUGAAUGCCAUUCGAGACUGCUAAUAUCUGGUGUGCUAAGCGAAAGCGAUCAACAUCGUAAUUUGUAUGAAAAACUGAUACAAGAGGUACUUUCGUGCACUGACAAACCCGGCAUUUAUCCUGUUGAAGAAUCAUGCAGCAUUCUGGCGAUGGGAUUUUGGUUUAUGCUACAAGAUGAAGUUUUAUCAAAUGAUAACAUCAUGCCGAUUAAAAAUAAAGGUCUUGAAUUGAUUGGUCCGCUUUAUUCACAUUUGUCAAAAAUACUCGUUCGGAAGGCACAACAACCCGAUGACAAUGCAUUGGAAAAAUGGUCGGCCGAUGACCUUGAGACUUUUCGAUGCUAUCGCCAAGAUAUUUCGGAUACAUUGCUCUACUGUUUCGAAGUGCUUCAUAAUCAUUUGUUUGAAAUUUUAAUCACAUAUCUCGACGAAUGCAUCGUAAACAUUCAACGUGAUCCCACGAAAUGGACACCAUUAGAGGCAUGUAUUUAUGCCAUAUAUUCAGUGGCCGAACACAUUGAUGCCGAUGACCGAGUUGGAGUGCCAAAGUUUAUAACGAUUUUAAGUGAACUGCCGUAUGAUAAAUUGCACGAGAAAUUGCUUGGGACCGCAUUGGAUUCAAUAGGUGCGUACAGUGAAUGGUUCAAAGACAAUCCCACUUAUAUUCCGCAUGCAAUUCGCGUAUUGGUGGUUGGGUUGAAUUCGACUCAAACCGCACAGGCAUCGCUUGGUUUGAAAGAUUUGUGUCGUGAAUGUCAAGUGGAUCUGAAACAAUAUGCCGAACCAUUACUGCAAGCCUGUCUGCAAGCAAUGAACAAUGGCCACUUGAUGAAAUCGGAUGAAGUCCGUCUAAUGUAUAGCAUUGGUAAGCUUAUGAGCAUGUUACCACCGGAAGACGUACUUCGGUGGUUGGACAUUGUUGUAUCACCUUGUUUCACUGAACUUCAGUCACUUGUACAAACUAGAACGAUAACCGAGCCAAGUAAAGUACGCAUAAAUUUCCGUUUGGAUAUGAUUUCGACGCUGUUCUCAUCGCUUAAUACCAAAGUUAAAAAUAUUGAUGGAAAUGAUUCGACAACCCAACCGGUUUUACUCAUUAUGCAAAAAACAAUGCCAUUAUUCAAGGAAAUCGUAUCAAUUUGGAUCAACGAAAAUAGUAUUAUUGAGGCACUAUGCUGCGGUUUAAAAUAUGCCAUCACAAAUUUAAUGGACGAUUUUCAUCCAAUGUUACCUGACGUGUGUAAUUUAAUUGUAACAAUUCUUCAAUCGAAAUGCGUUUCACCAGCUAUUGAUAUUUCAAAAUCGUGCAUAUUUUUAUAUUACAAAAAUCCAAUUUGUACGCCAAUAAUGCGGCAAUUGUUGAUACAAGUGAUUUUAUAUAAUUUGCAAUUGAUUGAACAAACGCCACCAUUCGAUCGAUCUGGCAUUUCUGAUGUGUUGGAAUCGUUUUUAAGUUUUAAUGCACUUGUCGCGAAAAAAGUACCAAACGCCUUUGACGACGAUGAAAUCGACUGCAAUAAAUUAGUAAAUUAUGCAAUUAAAGUGAUGGUAUUACCUGAGACUGGAGUGGCAAAGCAUGCUGUGGUGUUCUUACAACAUUUUAUCGCUCAAUCGAGAGCAUUUCCACGUGCCACCAAUGCUAUUCUAAAGAAUGGCGAAGAACUUAUCCAUACAACACUGUUAUGCAUUGGAAGUUUGACAGCACGAACUCAUGUCGAAAUUUUUGCUGACGUUUUUGUGGCACUCAAUAAAAAAUAUCCAGCUGAAUUGAUUGCAUGGCUUAAAUGCUUGCAGAUCAACGAAUUUCCAACAGCAACAAUCUCGAGCGUUGAAAAAGAUCGAUUUAGGAAAGCCAUCAUUCGUGAAAAAGUGAACAAACGUUUAAUUCAAAGUCUAAUCCGUGAAUUUGCAGCCAAAUGUCGUGAAGUAUUCAUUCAAAUUCCGUAGGAAAAAAUUUAGAUUUUUAUCUAUUUAUGAUAUCAACAAAACAUGUAUGUUUAAUUGUUUAUGCUCAUUAAGAUUUUACUUUCGGCAAUUGUAUACAAGAAUAGUCACACACAAAACCAAUUUUUUUAAAGAAACUGUUCAGUGAAAAUAAGCAAACUGUCUCAAAUCAACUAUAGGACAUCAAAAUUUUAUUCAAAUUAUAUAAUACAUGUGAAUGUGAUUUUACCAAUUUAAUCAAAUUAUAAUAUUUUUUAGACGGCAACUGAAACUAAGAGAUAAAAUUGCAUGCAAAAACAAAUAUUUUGAGUAAAUUACGUAUACGGAACGUUUUACGGCGAGUCAUUGAAUUUUGGCGUGAUUUUUUUUUUUAAUAUUAGGAACAUUUAUGAAUAAAUAAGGUAUGCUUUGAUUUAUAAAGA